AUAUCUGCAUGCAAACAGCCUCACUGGCUCGAUACCGGCCACACUUGGCAACCUUUCGAACCCGGGAGAUCUACUUUUGCGCUUCAACAAGUUGAAAGGAACGAUUCCUGAGUCGCUUUUCAAUCUCACGAGUCUUAACACGUUAAGUGUUGACGGAAACUAUCUAACUGGUUCAAUCUCAUCAAAUCUGGGCAACCUUGAAGCGCUGAUUUCCCUGAACCUUGGCUACAACAGUUUCACAGGGCCCAUUCCUGACUCUAUUGGCAAGCUCGCAAAUCUGAACGUUUUAGCUCUAUUGGGAAAUAAACUGACAGGCUCAAUACCGGUAACAAUAGGCAACCUUAUCCAUCUGACUGGCUUGUACCUUUCGCUCAACAGCCUGAUUGGCAGCAUCCCAGAGUCCACUGGCAACCUCCUGCAGCUCACAACCUUGGAAGUCUCACGGACCGAACUGACUGGAUACCUCCCCCCGACCCUGGGAAAACUCUCCAAGCUCAUUCAACUGUCUCUGGAUGAAACGGCAGUCACGUGCCCACCUGACAGCACCCCAUGUGUGGUUCAGCAGUCUGCUCAAAGCGCGUUUUGCAGUGAAUGUCCCUCCUUCUGCACUACUUGCGUCACGUCAGCACCACCCCCCCCCUCCCCACCUCCAGCGUCCCUCUCCCCACCUCCACCUCCCCCCACACCGCCCCCAUCCUCCUCCUCUUCAAGCCCCCCCUUCUCACCCGAAGCAUAUCCCUCGCAGUCAGGAGGCGGUCUCUCAGUGGGAGCCAUUGCCGGCAUUGCUGCGGCUGCUGUGAUGCUGCUGAUCAUUGGCGUGCUGCUGGGGUGGCGAGUCUACAGGAGAUUAACACCACGUGCUGUAGGUAUACCAGUAUGCAUGGAGCAGGAAUAG